AAUAUUUCAUUUACUUACUAAAUAAAUAUUAUUUCAUUCUCAAAAGGGCUUAUCUAUUUUAUUCAUCUAUUGUGUAUCAGUUAAAACGUGUCGUAAGUGGUUGAUAAAAGAUGUGCGACGACGAAUUAAUAAUAAUGGAAUUCCUGGAGUCAGACGUUGAAACAAAUUUUGAUUAUCGCCAAAAAAGGCGCGACAUAAGGAUUCAGUCCAAUCCUUUUGAAUUGGACGAUUCUGCUUUUAUAAAAAAAUAUAGAUUAUCCAAGGAAUUAGUAUUGAAUUUAUGCGAGGAAUUGAGACCGUACCUUAAAAUCCCUAAAAAAACCACAGAUUUAUCUAUAGAAACAAAGUUAUUGACUGCUUUGUCAUUUUACGCCACCGGGUCAUACCAACGAGCCACAGGGGACAUCAGUGGCCAUUCAAUGGCACAACAAACAGUGUCUGCUGUAAUAACUGAAAUCACAGCCUGUCUUAAUCGUACUGAAAUAAGAAAAAAGUAUAUACAUUUUCCUAAAAAUCUUGAAGAAAGAAAUAAAAUAAGAUCUAGGUUUCAUCAGCAGUUCAAGAUCCCUGGCGUACUAGGUUGCAUUGGCGGCACCCACAUAGCAAUUAUUCGGCCUACUGACAAUGAAGAGACAUAUUACAGUCGCAAGCAGUAUCAUUCUUUAAACGUCCAGCUAAUAUGUGAUGCUGAUAUGAAUAUUACUAGUGUAGAAGCAAGCUAUGGUGGAGCCACGCAGGACUCCUUUAUAUGGAAUUUACAUCCAAUUAAACUCCACAUGGAUAAUCUAAAUGAGUGUACGUGGCUGCUUGGAGACUCUGGAUAUCCGUUAGGAAAAUAUAUGAUGACUCCGAUCAUUAACGCUACUCCGGGAUCACCAGCUUACCACUAUACUAACUUGCAUGUCCAGACAAGAAACAGUAUUGAGAGAACGAUUGGACUACUCAAAUCACGUUUUCGUUGCCUUCUCGUACACAGGGUGUUGCAUUACAAGCCAAAAAUGGCAGCUUCGAUUGUCAUAGCUUGUGUGAUUCUACAUAACAUAUGUAACAGAGCCAACAUGCCUGUGCCCGAAUUAAGUAACGAAGACGUGCUUCGAGAGGCACAGAUGCAGCCGAAUGCGUCUCGUGUAGAUAGUGGAGCUGCCACCAGUAGUAAUAAUCAGGCUCUUCAGCAGGGUGUGGCAACCAGAGAUGCUCUUAUACGUCGUCUAUCGGAUGCUAGUGACUGAAA